UACACGCAGCAUCUCCCUCCCCAUCUUCUUCUCCAUCAAGCAAACAAGGGGGCAGUUGCCCCAUCCCAGAUCUGAAACUUCACCAAGCAAAACAAGCAGCAGAAAUCAGAGGAAUUGCAUAGCAGAAAAGAAAAGGCAGUUUAGAACAGAAGGGUGAAGAAUCACAGAGGUUGACGAUGAUUGACCUGAAUGAGGAACCCCGAUGAAAAUAAUGGUGAUCCUGUGUACUGUACACAACAUGCUGCUGGAAAUACAAAGUUUGUUCCGGCAUCACCUAAUCCUCCUAUGAUUCAGAAAGUCGGUGUUGUUGCUGCAGAAGGAAUUUUUACAGAUGGGCACUCAAGUCUAGUGAUGGCUGCUCCAGGUAAUACACAAAUACCUGCAGCGGUAGCUUCUGAGAGUGAUGGACAUACCCUUGAUGGCACAGGUGCACCGAGCAAUACUGGUGGGACUGUUGCUAAUGGGUUCGGUGAUGAAAAUGAUGAUGAAGCUUGGUCACAACCAAAGGAGCCUCAUGUGGGCAUGAGGUUCGCACUUUGGAAGGCGCAAAAAAACACUACAAUUCUUAUUCAUUGCAGAUUGGCUUUUCAAUAAAAAUGAAUACUUCAAGGAAGGCUGCAAAAACUGGAGAGCUGAUAAAGCAGCAGUUUGUUUGCAACAAGUUUCGAAAGCCUAAGGUCGAUGACGGAGGGGCAGAAAAGAUUCCUAUGCUAGAUGAAAUUGUUGACGAAACAAAAGAUGAUGAUCAAGAUGAGGAUAUUGUCUUUCUUGAUGAUGACAGUAAAACCAAAAAGACGACCAAGAAGCGGAAGAGAGAUACAAUAUUGCAAACUGGUUGCAAAGCUAAGAUGGUUGUGAAACUAAUUGAUGGCGGAUGGGAAGUGAUCCACUUUGUUGGCGAGCACAACCAUCCAUUGGUUGACAAGCCAUCUUUGACUAAGUAUCUGCGAUCACACCAAGGGAUCCCAGCAGAAGAAAGGGCAUUCCUUACACAUCUUCAUAACUGCAAUUUGACUACAGGUCAUAUGAUGCACAUCAUGUCAGAAUUCUAUGGGACGGAACUCAUUGUCCCUUAUACCACUAAGCACAUUACAAACCUCAAGACGGUCUUGAACCAGGAUGCUACAAAAGAAGGGGAUAUGAUAGAGACAGUUGCAUACUUUAAAGAUCAGCAGAAAGAAGAUCUAGAUUUUUUUACAAGAUAA